AAAUUCAACCGGUUUUAUAAUUUGACCUUUUAAUCCUUAACAGGUUACUAAUUAAGUGGAACCAUGUGGUCAGGUGCGCCACAGUGGGCGUCGUGGGCCUUGCAGCCCCAGCACUACCAGAAUAUGAAGCCUGAGGAAGCAUCCACGGUUGACUGGGCUGAACUUGCCAAGCAAUGGAUUCAGAUGAAGGAGACCGCACCACAGGAGCAGAGCCAACCCCCCCAGGAGCAGAGCCACCCUUCCCAGCCGGUGGCAAGCUCAGGGCCUGCUCCCCAAGUGCAUCCUCCCGAAGAUGCAGCUGCAGCAGGGGGGGGAGAGAUGGACAUGGAGAUUGAGGAUGAUAAGGGACCAGCAGCAAAUGGCUCUGACCAGCAGAAUGGAGAAUCGUGGGGGAGUUGGAAUGGCGAAGGAAACUGGCCACCCACCCACACCUCUGGAAUGGGCUGGGGUUGGGGCUGGCCUGUUGAUACGUACUCCCAGAGCAGUGCUGCAAAUCAAGACGUAAACGCCCAACAGCAUUAUAGCGGAAAAGAUGUAAGCCAGGCAGGGUACACCAUGUAUGGUAAUGAGUUUUCAGCAGCACUUGGCAUGGAGAUGCAGGGUGAAUAUGGAUGGCCCAUUGUUGGAACGGAAGGAGUGCAGGGAGAGUAUGGGAGGAAUGACCGGAGGGAUAGGAGAGGCCGAGAAUUCCAGGUGGGACCUACAUACCCUGACCGUAUGGUGGGAAAGGAGGCUGACUUCCAGCUGGACGCGGCACAGAGGAAGAAGCUGCCAGCCUGGAUUCGAGAAGGCUUGGAGAAGAUGGAGCGGGAGAAGCAGAGGAAGUUAGAGAAAGAAAGACAAAUGUCUGAGAAAGAGGAGAUGUUGAAGAGAAAGAGGGAAGAGGAAGCCAGAGCUCGACGUAUCCUAGAGGAGGAUCUCGCAAAUGACGGCAAACCUCGUGUGCCCAGGAAAAGUAAAUUUGACAGUGACAGUGAUAUGUCAGACCAUAGUAGGUCAGCCAGUCCAGAGACAGCAACAACUGGUCUGGGAAUGGCCAGGAAACGUCGGUCUCGCUUUGCUCCCCAGAACAGUCAAGGGGGGACAGAAGAAGAUGGGGGCAGUAGAGAGGAAACUGAAGAAAAAGAGGAGGAAGUUAAGAUAAGUAGGAGAAUGCCUUCACCUGAACCUGCAAAGUCAGAAGAGGAGAAGAUGCAAGAAAUGAUGCUAAAAUUGCGACGUUGGAUGACAGAAAUUUUACUGGACGUUACUACAGAAAUGAUGGAGGAGGUUGCAUCAGAAGUGUUGAAUCGUGCUCGUAUGAAAGCUCCGGCAGUUCAGGUGAAGAAGAGCUCAGCCCUUGCCUCUUUGUCGGGCGGAAUUGGGCUAGGCAUCUACAGCGACAGUGAAAGCGAUGGAGAAGGAUCUGGUGGUGAGGGAGGCGGCAUGCAUGGUGAAACUGACAGUGAUGAGGAACUGAGGCAGACUAUCAGGCGCAAGCGACGGGACUUCCAAGCUACCGAGAGGAUGAUCCUUCAGAGACUCCAUGCCGAAGAGAUGGCAGAGAGAAACCGGAAACACAAUGCCCAACAUGAGUCCCACUCUGAGGACGACUCCAAGGUGGAUGGGGGGGUGAUGCAAGUCUCCGGGGAGGAUAGGAGGAGAAGGGCAAGCAAAGACAGGGAGGGAGACAAGCAUGGGGAGGAGACAAAACCAGAGGAGGACUCGGAUGAAGAAAAGAAUCCACCUGCAGCUGUGGGAAACAUAAAACCAAUGAAAUUUGUACCGCCCCAAGACCCAGAGGUAGACUCAACUCAGCCUGACAAUGGCACCCCCAGUGGCUCUGUUAAAGGAGAUGAUGACUCUAAAGACUCAGGUCAAAGCUUAGAUUCAGAACAAGACUCAAAAUCUUCCAUUAGUGAUCAUUCCCGCUCAAGUGAGGGGAAAAAAAAGAAAAGGCGGAAGUCUAAGAAAGAUAAAAAGAAGAGCUCUAAGAGGUCACAUAGAAGUGAGGAAAGGGAAGGGAGGAAGAGAAGUCAGUCAGGGAGUCGGGAUAGGGAAGAAAGAAGGGAGCAUAAAAAGAAGAAGAAGCGGAAAGAGAUCAGCCGUAGUAGAAGUAGGAGUUCUGAGGAAUAUAGUAGGUACAAAAGUAGGAGUAAGAGCAGGGAGAGCUACAGGAGGAGGAGGGAUGGAAGUCACAGCCCAAGUGAGGAGAGAGGAUCCUGGAGAAGAUAUAGCAGAGAUAGAUCUAGAUCCAAGGGUAGGGAUAGAUCAAGGGGCAGAAAUAGAGAGAGAUCAAGAGAUAGACAUAGAAGUAGAUCUAGAGGUAGGAAGGGCAGUCGAUCUAGGGAUAGGAAACGAGGUAGAGACAGAAGUAAUGACAGCAGGUCAGGGUAUCGCCACAGCAGUAGGUCUCGGGGGAGGGACCAUCGUAGAAGUUUUAGAGAUGGUAGUGAGGAUAGUAGAGUGGGCAGAAGUAGCAGACGACGUUCUCACUCAUGCAGCCGUAGCAGAAGUCGUAGCAGGGACUAUGGACGCAAGAAGGACCGGUAUAUUUCUAGGUCACGCUCUACAUCAAGAACACCCAAGAGAUCCAAGAAGCGUCGCCGCUCACGGUCAUGUAGUUCCUCUGUCUCACUCCCCAAGAAAUGGAAGAGAAGAUCCCGGUCGUCAUCGUAGGCAAGUGAAGGUCCUAGCGUGAGUGCUGUGGUAAGACAACACCAAGGUAAGUUGUCACUGUUCUGUAUAGUGUCUGUGGACUUCUGGUUUCAGGUCAUCGAACGUUUCGCAGCUCCAGGGAAAGUGCUCUCUCAAUUUCUUGCAGAGAAAGCUAACAGUUUGAGAGACAGAAAGCAGAAAGUUUCGGUUUGUUUGGUUUUCAUCCAAGUCUGAUAAUGGUGGGGAAUAAGAUGGAGGAAUGUCAUAUUGAUAAUUUUUUCACUGAGGCACUACAUUUGUAAUUCAUUCCAUAUCAAUUAGGUCUAGUCUGUCAUGAAUAUCUCUGAAAAGGAGGCAACAGAUAUUCUUUAUGUUUUAUUUUCUUUUUCAGCACCUGCCUUGCACAGCCCAUCGUUUGGAGUUGCAACCCCUGUCAUUUUUGACACUAGUAUAUCCAAAGAUAGGUCAAUUUUGUGUAUAGUGCUAAUAUUGCAAUUAGCCAUGUAAUUUAUUGUGAUAAUUCUGGUCUUGUACUGGAAGCCUGAGAGAGGCAUUGUUGUCAUUUCAAUACAAGUCUCUUAUUUCAGGAAAGAAAAGAUGUAUACUCAUUGAACUUGAUUAAAGACCUUAUGAGAACAGUAAUUUUUGUAGGUUCACAUUAAUGACAUGUAUUGUUCUCAUAUCAUUGUCUAGUUCAAGUUCAUGAGCUUUGUCUCCUUUUACUUUUCAGGUUCUGUUUUUUAAAAGCUUGCUCAUGUAGUCUAGAAUAAAUGUCAUAAAUUAC